AUGAUCCAGCCGACAAGAUUUGGUCCGGCGAUCGCAGCGCGGACAGCUACACUUUUACCUGGUCGAGCGUACCUUUCGCGGACAUCAAAUGAUCAGUAUAGGAGGCUUAGCACACUAUUGAGCGACGCCCGGAGGACGCCACAGUCAAGUACCUCUUUCGAAACCACAAUUUUAUCUUCUGUAUUACUAUCUCGACGAGCUCUCCAUUCUACCGCGAUCCGAAGCCAGGAACAAAAGGAACAAGCGCAUACGAAUCACAAAAAAGCCGAAACCGAAACCGAAUCCAAAUCCGAUAGCGAAAAGAAUAAAGAAGGUGAAGGCGAGUCUUCUCAAGAACAGAAGAAAAAAGACGUUCCUCCUCCUCCACCACACGGUGAUAAAACCCCGUGGCAAGUCUUCACCGAAACUCUACGAUCUGAAUUCAAAAAAUCCAAAGAAUGGGAGGAAGGUACCAAAGCCCUUGCAUCAUCCGCACACACCUUCACCGAGAGUGAGUCGGUCAAGCGAGCCCGUGCUGCUUACGAGGCUGCUUCGACUACCGCAACCUCCACCACAUCAACCGCUUUGAAAUCCACUGGAAGGGCUAUUGGACAAGGAGCAGCUUGGACUUGGGAGACUCCGGUAGUCAAAGGACUGCGUAAAGGUGUUUCUGCAACUGGAAAGGGCAUUGAGAAGGUCACCCGACCAGUCAGGGAGACCGAAGCUUAUAAGAGUGUCAAGGAAGCUAUCGACGAUGGCAGUAGCUCUCGUUAUGGUGGAUGGAUUGAAAAAGAAGAGCGUCGUCGUCAAAGACAGUUGCGUGAGGAGAACGAAUUGAAAUCCGGCAAAUCGUCUCGACUCGAACCUAUGGAGGAAGACCCCAAUGCCGGCACGAACCUUACCCUUCAUAAAGACUCGGCUUGGAAAGAAUCCUGGAAGGACUUCCGCGAUAAGAGCCCAGUGAUGCAAAGACUAUUCUCGCUUAAAGAUACAUACAAUGAAUCCGAAAACCCUCUUAUUUCCACAGCCCGCAGCAUCUCAGAUCGUGUGGCAGGCUUUUUCGCCGAAAACGAAACCGCCAGAGUCAUCAAGAAGUUUCGUGAGAUGGACCCGAGCUUUCAGCUCGAACCAUUCCUACGAGAGAUGCGCGAAUACAUUUUGCCAGAAGUUCUCGAUGCAUACGUCAAGGGAGAUAUCGAGACUCUCAAACUGUGGUUGUCUGAUGCUCAAUUUUCGGUAUACUCCGCAUUAGCACAACAAUAUACAACGCUCGGCAUGAAGUCUGAUGGUCGUAUUCUGGACAUCCGAGGUGUUGAUAUUGCCAAUGCUCGUAUGCUUGAGCCUGGCGAUAUUCCUGUUUUCGUCGUCACUUGUAGAACUCAGGAAGUCCAUGUCUACCGCAAUGCCAAAACGAACGAGCUUGCUGCAGGAAUGGAAGAUCGUGUUCAGCUCGUCACGUAUGCCAUUGGUGUUACAAGAAUUCCUGAGGAUGUCAACAAUCCCGAAACCCGAGGAUGGAGAAUGAUUGAAUUGCAAAAGGCUGCAAGAGACUAUAUCUAA